CAAGUCCUUUACCACUUUAUUCAUACUAGUGUAGUACCAGUCCAAGAAUCAUCUCUUAAAAUCUUAAUUAGGCAAUUUCGAAAUAAAACUUAAUUCGUUAUUUUCAUGGCUCUCCAGUCUGCUGCAGUGCUUCCUUCUGCUUUCUCUAUUCCUAAGGAGGGGAAAGCUUGUGCAAAUUUGAAGGAUUCUAGUCUAUUUGGAAUUUCUCUCUCAGACCAUGUUAAAUCUGAUUUUGGCUCUUCAAUCAAGGUCAAGAGUCAGAGAAAGUUUUCCCUCGGAGCUAUCAGAGCCGAGACAAUGGUUGCAUCUCCAGGUGUUACCAAUGCCCCCGUGUCACGAAAGAAAACAUUAAGAAAAGGGUGUGUAGUAAUCACUGGAGCCUCUUCAGGACUAGGCCUAGCCACAGCAAAAGCUCUGGCUGAGACAGGAAAAUGGAAUGUAAUUAUGGCAUGUAGAGACUUUCUUAAAGCUGAAAGAGCUGCAAAAUCAGCAGGCAUGCCUAAGGAGAACUACAUUAUAAUGCAUUUAGACCUUGCAUCCCUCGACAGUGUCCGCCAAUUCGUCGAUAACUUCCGGAGAUCCGGGAACCCUCUUGAUGUAUUGGUUUGCAAUGCAGCUGUUUAUCAACCUACUGCCAAAGAGCCCUCAUUCACAGCUGAUGGAUUUGAGAUUAGUGUUGGGACCAAUCACCUUGGUCACUUCCUUCUUUCAAGAUUGUUGCUUGAUGACUUGAAGCAGUCUAAUUACCCUUCAAAGAGACUUAUCAUUGUUGGUUCAAUUACAGGGAACACAAAUACUUUGGCUGGAAAUGUACCUCCAAAAGCCAACCUUGGGGACUUGAGGGGUUUGGCAAGGGGACUGGACGGGCUUAACAGCUCAGCCAUGAUUGAUGGUGGUGACUUUGAUGGUGCCAAAGCGUACAAAGACAGCAAAGUUUGCAAUAUGCUUACUAUGCAGGAAUUCCACAGGCGAUACCACGAGGAGACAGGCAUCACAUUUGCCUCUUUAUACCCUGGCUGCAUAGCCACAACAGGGCUAUUCAGGGAGCAUAUCCCCUUGUUUAGGAUCCUUUUCCCUCCAUUCCAGAAGUUUAUUACCAAGGGAUUUGUCUCUGAGACAGAAUCUGGAAAGCGACUUGCGCAGGUUGUAAGUGAUCCAAGUCUUACAAAAUCCGGUGUCUAUUGGAGCUGGAACAAGAAUUCUUCUUCUUUUGAGAAUCAGUUGUCAGAAGAAGCAAGUGAUGCAGAGAAAGCCCGUAAAGUAUGGGAAGUCAGUGAGAAACUCGUCGGUUUGGCUUAGAUUUUGCGGACUGACUUUAACCUUAGCCAAGGCAAACAAGAAAAGGGAGUCGAUGAGAUAGAAUAUGAAUUGAGAUUCUGUUUUGUCGUAGAAAAAGUUGUCACUUUGUAAAAUUUUUGAGUUGGGAAUAAAUAAAUAUCACUCGCCCUGUUUUCUUCUGAAUGAAAA